AUGCCUCUCUUUUCAAUUAGCAGGAUAACUUGUCAGGCUCAAAAAUUUGCUCAAGCAGAAACUGGAAAAGCUGCUCAUCUAGGGCAUCCUGUUCCCAAAGUUUCAAUCCAAAAACCACCUACGACGGUGCUGUAUAAUAAUGUUGAGGCCACAAUAGUCUGGACGAAGGAGGAGAUGAAUGCAUCCUUUAAGCCUCUAGAGUUGGCAGUUAUUGUUCAGCAAAUCCCUUGUCCAGAAAAGGGAUUCUAUGCUCCAUCAAUCAACCAAAGAGAUCCAACCCUUGAGCAUAAUAAUCCACAAAUGGGUGAGAUUACGAUUAAUUCAGCUGACAGAAUUUUAGAGAAGCUCUCAACAGAAAGAACGAAGGGUACAAAGUCUCUUCGGUCCGACUCUAUACAAGAUCUUGAUUACUCUGAAGAAUUUGCUGGAAUGGUUGCAUUUAGUGAAGAUGAUGAAUCGAAUGCUGAGUUAUUUGAGGAAGAAGGUGCAGAGGAACAUGUAUCAGGUGCUCCCAGUAGUCGAUUGGUUCUGAGUGCAAGUGCUGUGCCUUUUAUUCCAUUGAAUGUGAAGAGCCCCCCACCAUUCUUAUUGGAAGAAAUCCAUGGGCGAAUUCAGAGCAAAGCAAUUCUUGAGAAUAAAAUGUCUGGGAGGAAAUUAGUUUGGCCCAAAACGAAUGGAGUUUAUUCAAAAGAUGAUGGCUUUCAAGAAUCCUUCACUAAAGAAUCUGUUGAUCGUGGGUUUUAUUCGGAUGGCGAAGAUGCAGUUUUUUUUGCCUAG